AAUGUAAAAAUAUGUGAAAUUCUUUAAUAUUGCUCAAUAACUAAAGUUUGUGAAAAGAAAAGGAUGGACUAGAUUUCCACUAAUUUAAGAAGUUGAAUCAGUUGCUGAUCAUAGUUGGAUGAUUUAAAUGAUUGCUUUAUCUUUGCCAACUAAUGAAUUAAAUAAAGACAAAUGCAUAAAGAUUGCAUUAUUACAUGAUUUAGCAGAAGUGAUUGUAGGUGACAUUAUUCCAAGUGAAAAUAUGCCAGCAAAUGAAAAGAAAUAGAAAGAAGAUAAUGCUAUGAAAAUGAUGGUUUAAGAUUUAGAUGAAGAUAUUAAAAAUGAAUUAUAUAGUAUACAUAAAGAAUACGAAAAUGGUGAAAGUAUUGAAGCAGAAGUUGUUAGAGAAUUGGAUAAAUUGGAAAUGUUAUUCUAAGCAUUUGAUUAUGAAUAAAAAUAUAAAGUCAGAUUAGAUGAAUUUUAUACUUGUGAGACUAGAAUAAAAACUAAAUAUGUUAGACCAUUAUUGGAUGAAUUACUUAAAUAGAGAGAAUAAUUCUUAUCUUAAUGA